AUGAAGGUAUUCAUCAUUCUGCCCUUAGUAGUCGCCAUGGUUUCAGCCGAAGUUGUCUUAACCGGCGCACCCGCGGCCUACGUUGCGUCUUCGUUCACAUCGCACGGACCAGUCCCUUGGGCUUAUCUGCAACCAUACUACCAAUCAGCACCAUUGGUGGCAUACACGGCAUACGCAGCACCAGAGGCCAAAGUUGUCGCCGCUGCGCCGGCCAAAAUCGUUACAUCAGCCAGAACCGUUCCCGUCGCCGUGGCCCCAGCUAAAUUUGUCGCUCCGGCUGUACCCGUCGCCAAAGUCGUACAAGUCGUACCCGCUCAAUUCCAACCCGACCCAUCGUACACGUUCGCAUACCAGGUACAGGAUCAGAUAACCGGCGACUCCAAGAGCCAAGAAGAAACCCGCCAAGGAGAUGUCGUCAAGGGCCGAUACAGUUUGAUCGAACCCGAUGGCACCAGGAGAACCGUAGACUACACCGCUGACCCGACACAUGGAUUCAACGCGUACGUACAGAAAUCAGACGUGCAACAAGCCGUGUUCGUACCAUCGGUAUCAACAGACGAUGUAGAAACUAUCAAAGUAGACACCAUUGAAGUUGAACCAGUCAGGUAUGCGCCCUCGGGCUCAAAACCAUUGAAGAAUACGCUAGCUGUGCCCGAAACCAAAACCAAAACAGGUUAUUGA